AUGCCUAAUUCUGCUUCUACAUCAACUUAUACUACUAUGAUGCGCAGUACUUCAAAAGACCGACCCUAUACAAAGGAUUUAUUUGAUCUAUGGGCAGCCCUUUUGAUUCAAUUACAACUAACAGAUCAUCGUUCUUUGUUUCGAACUUAUCCUUCCACGUUUACAACGGAUGAAGCAGUUGAAAUUUUGAGUCAUUUAGAGUUUACUCAGCUUGUGUCUACAUCUAAUCCACUGGACCCUAGUAACCCAAUUUUAAGUAGAACAACAACGACUUUUAAUAUGUCCAGAACGAUGGCCAAGACACUAGGUCAACAUUUCAUUAAUGCACGACUUGUUGAGAACGCUACUGAUCCUCAAAAUAGGACAAUGAAAGACCGUGGUAUUUGGAUUCCUACCCCAAAGGGGAAAUAUAUGAUACAGGACUUUGGUCAUCGGGCCCGCGUUUCAAUUAAACAUAUGCAAUCUAGUUUAGCUCGGGUUUAUAGUUUUCCCAUUGUUAGACUAGAGAGAUUAUUAGAUGAUGAUCAACUUUCCCUUUCUAGAUCUAAUUUGAUGGAAAUUUUUAAAAUAAUGAUGGAGUGGUUACCAACAGAUACUAUCAUGAUAGAUGACGUUGGAGGUAUAGAUACGAAUACUAUAAAAGAAUAUAAAGAUACAUUUUAUGGUUAUCAAUGCUUUGAAUGGAUUAGUGAAUAUACAAGUGUCGUCACAAAAGAAGAAGCUGAAAUGGUUGCCGCUGAGUUUAUACAAUAUGGCUGGAUACUUCAAAUCUAUGAUAAAUCAGAUCGUGAUUUAAGUAAAAAAGAUAAAACCAUUCUUUUUAAAGCAGGUCGUAAGACACAAUACUAUUUAACUGAUAAGGGACGUCAGGUAAUUGAAUCUAACUCUAAUCAAGGCAUACAUCAUUUCUUGACAGGGGGUCCAUCCAUUGCACGUACUACCCCUAGAUCAAGAACACAAAGUUCAACUACAACCCAUACUGCAGGUAGCGAAGGCAUUACUAAUAGUAGUAGUAAUAGUAGUAUAAUAUGCAUAGAUAGCAACAAUACCAUAAUCACUCCUGCGUCUGCUAUCUUGAGUACUAGAUCUAAAAAGGAAGAGCAUGCCAGUCGUCUUUUACCUACUACAGCUAUAUCCCCUGACCUUAAUACAGCACCAAAGGCGAUUAUAACGAAAACGAUGGAGCCAUCAAAUAUGAACCCUACCACAGAGAUAGAAGAGCAAGUGGAAGAUAAUAAAAUAGUUACCUCUGAAUCAGUUCUUCAGGUUGAGAAUACAUGUGAUUUUGGCUUUUCUUCUACUCUAUCGACCACAUCUUCUAUGGGGACGACGGUAUGCUCAGCUAGAAACCAGUUAUCUAUAACAAAGGAAGAAAAAGAAGAAGAAGAAACAGAAAAAGAUGUACCAAGUUUACGACAGACAUUAGAACAACUCAAACUGACUAAACAUCGACGUAGUUCUGAUUUAAACUCUCAGGGGUCUCAUGAUCAGACAAACCAACAGCCCCCUAGUUCUCAACAUGCACGUCUUCAACACAUUUUAGAAGACCCUUUAAUUCGUAUGUAUUUCCGUCAAUUCCUUAAAAGUUGCUUCUGUGAAGAAAAUAUUAAUUUUUGGGUUGACUAUAAUGCCCUCAUCAAAAAGAUGAGCUUUGUUGUUGUAGGUGGAAAGGAUGAUGACACAGAACAACGAAUGUCCCCUGAAUUGAUACAAACCAUUACGCCCAACCUAUGCAACUCUCUUCUUGUACGUUGCUGUGCCAUUUACAAUACCUAUUUUUGCCCUGAAAAUGCACCUAAUGAACUUAACAUCGUUCAUGGUAUUCGUUACGAAAUAAUAAAAUACAUGCAGUCCACUUUUACAAGCACCAUGAAUUCAACUGAUGACGAUGAUAGUAGUAGCAGUAGUAGUAGCAGUAGGAGAAGGAGAAGAAGAAGUAGUAGAAGUAGUAGUAGUAAUAGAAGAAGAAGUAAUAGUAAUAGUAGUAUUAGUAGUGAUGAUGGCCAUUACCAUAGCUCAAAUGUACGUAAGACAACACGUUUAAAGAAAAAGACAACUAUCGCUAACGCGUCGAAUGUACCAUUUGGCUCUAUUUCAGUCUCUUCUCAAGGACUUUUAUCAUCCGGUGAUAUUCCGUUGUCAUUUCAAAGAAAGACGGAUAUCUCUAGAAAAAAGAAGAAAAAUGGUAACUAUGAUGGACCUGUAUAUAUGUCUAUUAGGGAAGGUGUAAAAGAGAGUCCUCAAACCUGUUUAUUAAAAAUAAUUCAUUUGUAUGAUCAAGUAAAUGAAAAUGUAUGUCGUACUAUGGCUCAAGAUUCUGUACCAAAAUUUAUGAAAACCAUAAAGUAUAAAGAAUUGAUGCAAAAUUAUUACCAGUCAUCUUAUAAAAAAGAAGACAAAGAACUGAACGAAGAUAAAUAA